AUGGACUCUGCGUCCUCGCCUUUGGGGUCCAGCCCGGCGCUGCCCACCCUCCAGUGCGCUCCGCAGGCUGAGUUGCUGGAGGACGUGCUGCGGGAGCAGUUUGGGCGGCUGCACCAGCUGGCUGCCAUCUGCAGGCUCAAGCGGCUGCCCUCGGGUGGCUACUCGUCCAGUGAGGGCCUCCAGUUGGUGUUAGAGCGGCGACGCGCGGCCAACGCGAAGGAGCGCGAGCGGAUAAAAAACCUCAAUCAUGGUUUUGCCAAACUGAAGGCACUUGUGCCCUUUCUUCCACAAAGCAGAAAACCUAGCAAAGUUGAUAUCCUUAAAGGUGCAACUGAAUACAUACAAGUUCUCAGUUAUGUUUUGGAAGGAACCAAAGACUCUGAGAAACAAGAUCCAGAUGAUCAUAACUACAGCAACGAUACUUCUGAACCACAUAUGCCCUUGGUUAGAGAGCUAUCAAGAAACAUUGCUCAACAUAGCAACUGUACCAUAGGCUUGAAGAAAGAGGAAGAAGGGCUCUGGGCAGAUGGUGGCAGUGGUGAGUUGGCAUACACUUGUCACCAGAGCUUGAUGUCUACAACUGGAGUUGUUAUCUCCCCCACUGGGAGUCCGGUAAAGUAUUCUUUCUUAAAUAUCCAUGAAAAUAGGUUAAAUCCUCUAAGGGAGUUCACGUUUCUGAUUUUCUUCCAACAAACAAAAUACUCAGAUAAGUUUUCGGCUGUUAGGGACAGUUUGCAUUUCCCGAGUGGGAUAAAUGUGGGCAGAGAGCCUGGGCGUGACAGCAGGCGAGCUGCCCGCGCGCGGCCCGGGCCGGGACUGCGGCAGGCAGCGCGGGACGGCCAACACUGCGGGCGGCGGGUACUGCAGCACAGCUUCCCUCCCGGCGGCGGGCCUAGCGGCCCGCUAGGGGGGGCCCUGUGGGCACCGGGAAGCGUCCUUUUGUCAGAGCACGCGGCGAAGAGAGCGCUCAUUUCCUUUCAGCCUCGUGCGGGAAAUGGAUUUAAUUCUGGUGGCAGGGCUGUAAGGGAGGAGCUGGAGCGAAAACCUUUGUCAAGGAACGGCAGCUUCUGUUGUCUGUAA